GUUGUUUAUAGCACUUUUACAUAUAGAUGCGGCUACUGUUUGUCGGUGUUCUUGGAGACGCCGAGUGUUUCCGGUUGGUGGAAAGGUGGAAAAGAUGAAAAGCCCUUUCUAAUCACCUUCAUAUUCCUUGGUUCGCAUGGAUUUCUUUCAUAGAUAGUUGUAAGGUCCUACAGAAGGCUGUGAUCAUGUCUGCCCGAAGUCUGGAGAAGCUGGGAAUCCCCAGCCUGCCUCAGCCCAAACUAAGGAAGAAGAGAGGCAUGUAUUCUAUGGACAAGGAUACUAUCAACAAGCUCAAACAACCCAGGCCCGUUCCUCUUUUGGUUAGUGACAUAUUUCAGAAGGAGGAAAUAGAACAGCAGGUGACAGACAUCAAGGUGCCGCUGACUCUGUUUGCUCCAUUUCAUCAUGAGGAUGAACCGCAAACGGAGGACCUUGAAAUCGAAAGGCCUGUGACCCCCAUUGAUGAGAGUAUCAAGGCCCCACCUGCCACCUUUGGUGUUCUUGCUAAGCUGGUGAGGAGGAGGAUCUGUGUGAGAACAGACAUGAGGCACAUCUCUACAGAGGACCAACAGAGCCUGGGUGGGAUUAUAAUGGGGGAGCUGAAUUCCAUCUGGCCUGAUAUCAGAAGACAAGUAGAUGAUCCCUUUUUGUCUGCAGAACAGAACAAGGAGCUGCAGAGAAGGAUAACUGUCCACAUUGUCACUGUGUGUGAACAACUGUUCCUCCACUAUCUCCAGAAGGCUGAAGUUUUAAACAGAAGGGGAAUAUUCAGUGGCCCGGCCAACAUGAGCCGUCUGAGGACUCAGCUAGGGAUUGAUGCCAACAAGUAUUUAAACAUCCUUGCCAUCCGGCGCUACAUAGUUGGAGACAUGAGGAAGAAACCAGGUGACGCAGAGGCUGACGUAAGUGACUCUGGAUAUGAAUAUUCGUCGCGGGCCCCCACCACAACCGUUUCUCCGUCCAUGUUGGAGAGGAAGAAGAAGAAACUGGGACUGCAGCCGUUAUCCUACCAACAAAUGCUGGAACUGAGCAGACCACAGUCAAGGAGGAAAGUGAAAACUAAUACGGAAAGGGAAAUCCGAGAUAUGUAUAAUCAGAUGCCAGUGAUUGACACUGAAGUCCUUGAGGAUCUCAUUCCCCGCCCACCUUCAGAGUAUGAGGAGGGGUAUGAAAUACCAGAUGUCAUGUCGGUGCACAGUCGAAGUCAGAUGACUCUGGCUAGUGACAGAAGUAGCCAGAUGGACAUUGGAAAGAGACUUGCAACUACAGAUGACAUCUUCAGACUGCAGAAGUCCCAGUCCAUGCCAGAGCUGGAUCCAGGGGAAAACCUGUUGGAAGAAUUGAGUAUUCAGCUGAAUGACAAGGGCACGUCUGUCACCAUCGACUUCCAGCAGGAAAGAAGGGCUGCAACACCAGACGAACCAUUGGUCUCAAGACCCGAUGCAAGAAAGCCAACCAAAGAGGACGAGGAACGAAAAAAACUGGACAGCAGACAGUACCUAGCGGAUGACCUGCAGAAGCUGGUAGCUUCCCGAGCCCCACAGGAGCCUGUAGAGGGAGACCAGGAUGAAGAGGACCUGCCUCCACUUCUGCAGGCCACCACAACAGGUGAGGAGUCUGAGGAGAAACAGCAGGCGCUCCAGGCCAGGCUCCAGGAGCUGGAGGAGAAGGAGGCCAGGCAGAGGGAGGAGGAAAACAUUCCCCUGGCACAGCCCACACACCCCCAGCCUGCAGUGGUAUCUACCAAGAUAUCAAAGAAGAUGGUGGUGAGGACCAGUGACGUCAGGGUCAGUGAGAGGGUCAGCCUGUCGUCCCUCACCAUUCAGCGGUCAGCGACUCUUUACAAUGACCUUCUUGGGCACAUUACCCCCUCUGACAUCAAACACCUGGACAGGAACUUGUUUCUGCACAAGGAGAUCAACGAUGUGUACCAGGAGAUCAUGAGGACUGUGCCCUCGGACCAUGUGCUGUUCGAUCAGGAUGACAUUGUGGAGAAGCAUUCCACCAACGUGGACGUAUCCAAAGCCGUGGCGUCGUCGACCCUGUCCAAGCGUAAGAAGGACCGCAUCAUCAACCCCAGCCUGCAGGUGGGGAAGAAGGCCCCCUGGGGCGAGGGGGAGAUGAGAGACUGGUCCAAGAGUGCUGUGUUUGCUCAGAAAGUUGUGUUAUGGGGGAAAGAGCAGCAAAGGAUAAAGCAGAAGAAAAUCAAUCGCCGCAAAAGAAUAGUUAGAAGGGCGUUGCAGAGAGGCAGGCUAUUAGCUAAAGUUAAGCUGGCCAUGGGUGGGAAAAAGAGCUUUGGGAAGCCUCAGAAUCUGGUAAAAUUCUUAGGGAAACCUCAAGACCUUACAAAGACCUUAGGGAAACCUUGGGAUCUGACAAAGAGCUUAGAGCAACCACAGGAUCAGACAAAGAGCUUAGAGCAACCACAGGAUCUGGCAAAGAGCUUAGGGAAACCUCAGGAUCUGGAGGUUGCUAGACAGUCCUUCAGGCAAAGCAGUGAUGCUGGUCCUGUUAUACAGGCACCUGGCACAGCAGCAAAACCAGGACCUGUCAUGGACAAGGACAUGGAGACCAUUUUUGCCAGCCUGCCGCCCUCCCAGCACACGAGUGACCAGAAGUCGUCCCGGGCAUAUGCCUCCUGGCUGGCCUGGUGGAAAUCCACCAUCAACACUGACGACUAUCUCAAGUACCUGUCCACACAAGAGUCAGACUUCAUGGGCGUGGUGUUCCAUUUCUACGACAGUGAGGAAAGUGAGGAUGAGGAGGAGACGGAGCAGGGGAAACGUCUCACCAGCAAGAGGCAGCAGCAGGCACUUGAAAAGGAACAGAAGAUCGAGGAACUUCGUCAAAAGAAGUCAGAGUUUGUGUCAGGCAUGUGGAAUGUCAACAGUGUGCUGCUAGGUGGGCUGGGUAGAGACCCGUUAGUGGAAGAUGACGAAGGGUACCCAUCCAGUUUAGAAGAGACUCCACGAGCAGACAGGCUGCAGGCUUCCCCGUCGGGACUGUCCCCAGGACGGUCCUCCUCCCACCUGACUUCUGCUCGGUCACCUUCGUCUCUGGGCGUCCCCUCCCAGAAAGGCUCUGGGUCCAGGACAACCACAGCAGGAACUAGUAAGAAGUCAGGGGAAGGGGAGGACAAAGAGCCAGAGAAGCCGGUGGAGCUGACCGCCCAGGAGAGGCUGGAGAAGGUGUGGUCAGACCUACAGAUGCCGGACGGACAGAAGCUGGACAUGGCCAUCAAGUACAGCUCAGAUGCUUACAUCGUCAAGCUUCCUGAGUCCAUCAAGGCAUGGGAGAAGGCCACAUGUCUGAUCUUACAGCGAGAGGCAGCACUGUCCCAUCUGGAGAGGUUUGAACGGCAGGCGUCUGAUCCCAACAGGUUUUUUGAACGAGGGUACAGAGGUUCAUCUGUGGCCAGAAUGGAAGAGUCCAAACAACGAACAGAGCUUCUAAGGCGUCUUGAUGUCCUGGACAAGAAGGCUGGUGAUGCUGUGAAGAAAGUGGCCACAAAUUUCCAGGAUAGCAUUUCAUUUCAGGGACGACCAUAUAUGGACAAGAUGAAAUGGGACCGAACGGAGAUGUUGUAUUGGCUCCAGCAGGAGAGGAGGGAGCAGGCUCUGGAGAUAGGCAUGAUGACUCAGGUACCGGUCAAGGUGGCCGAACUGGCUCCCAUACAACUGUCCAGGCCUGUUCUGUAGGAGUCACCCGUGCUAACCAGCAGAAAUGAUUCUGAUUGUGGAUUCCUGUGUUUGUGGUGAAGAACUGUUGUGAAGGCAACUUGUUUUAGUGGCUAAUAUACAGAAUUCUGGUGAAAAACCCGUCCAAAGAGCACAGAUGUACAUGUAGUGUUACAAUCAGGUAGAUUGUGCCAAAAUUGUUAAGGCCCAUGUCACAAAUCUUUACCGUCUGAAAAUAUUAACAGCACUCCUAGUAUUUAUUGUAACAAGUGUGGCCAUGUGUGAAAGCACUCUUUGUGUUUUACCUUUCAUCAUAUUUAUGUUGUUCUUGCAGAAUAUGAUUCCAUUGUCCAUCCAUCAACUGUACAGAUGUAAUCUAUCAAUUAUUGAUCUAUGCAAUACUGUGACUUGAUUUGUGAAAUCUUCUUGCGAUCCUUGUAAACAAAGAUGCCUUCUGAUGAAGACAUUUAAAUAA